AUGAAAGAUUGUUCAUUUAGUUUUGGUAGUAUGUUAUCACAAAUUCAACGAGUCAUUGGAAAUGAAAAUAUUUCUUGUGGAUCAUCAAGUAUAGAUGAACAAAAAAAAGAUUUUGCUGCAUGUGUUCAAACAAGCAUUGUCAGACAUAGAAAUUCGUUUCCUGUUGGUGGUGCUGCAAGUAAUUUAUAUCUUCGACAACGAAUGAAUGAUCUAUGUAGUCAUUAUGGAAUUGAACUUGUUUGUCCAUCAGUAGAAUUUUGUACUGAUAACGAUGGAAUGAUUGCUUGA